UUUUAGAAAUUUUAAAAUAUUAAUUGUCUAAGAUUGUUUGAUUUUAUAAAAAGAUUUUUGAAUUAGAAGCUAUGGAAAGUAUAUUAAUUAAUAUUUUUAAACCGAGGCUUGUAUGCAACUGAUCGCCAUGAAAAUACAUGACUAAGAUUUGUUGACAUCUCUUAAUAUUACGAAGAAUUUCUAUUUAAAAAAUAUUGAAUGAAAACUUUGUAUAAUUCGAAAAACGCCAUGGGUAUUUUAAAAGUUUUUUUCCCAGUCACAUUUGUUCUCAUAUCCGUUGUGAUAUCUUCCAAAUCUGAAGUGACAAAAAUAUCUACACACAAAGCCACAACAGAAGCAAUACCGUCAGAAAAAGAGGAGGACUUGAUUGUGAAGAAAUGGAAAGAUGCUGAUAGAGCAGCCAGAAAAUUCUCCUCUAUGUUUGUUAAGAACAUUUUUCCAUUUGCUGUCAACUCUUUGGGAAGUAUUAAUUUAUCGACUUCGUGUGCGAGAAGUCUCAUGAAAUUUUUGACUGGAGUUAAGCAGUUAAAGCAUUGGGCAUUUAGAAUGCUAGAUUCCUCUGGCAAAAUUCCUAACGGAUUAUUUAAAGGGAACAUGAAUUCUCUGGGGGAUUACGACGAAUGCAUCGAAACUGUUGUUUCUGGACAUUUUCAAGGGCAGUAUUGCCUCCUUGAUAUAACCCCGCCAUUACCGAAACGUCGACCGUUUGUAUCAUCCGAUUCGAUGAUCAAAGAAUUUGUUAAUUUAACGGAUCCAGAAUCGACAACGGCAGAGUUUUUGAGAUAUGCAAAUUAUUAUUAUCAUCUGAAAUUCCGAUCCUCAGUAUGCGUGCCUUCGACUUGCAGCGCCGACGAGGUUCAACAAAUUGCUGCGAAAGUUAUGGAGCACAUAGGUAUUGAAUUUAAUGUCACCAUUCCUAACUGUGAAACGAAAGAAAAUAGCAUUGAUUUUUCCAACAGUGAAAUAGCCAUCGUGGCCAUUUUCUGUAUCAUCGUGUGUUUAGCACUGACAGCUACAUUGAUUGAUGUUUUUCUGAAACUGAAUGUGAAAGUCACAACAGAAAGAGCAACAACAGAAACAGGUUUUGCAAUAAGAUGUUUGCUUUGUUUUUCUUUCUACACGAACACGAGGCGGCUUUUGAAAAAGGAUGACUCAAAGGAUUCCAUUAAAAUAUUCCAUGGCAUGAAAGUCAUCACCAUUUUGUGGGUCAUACUGAACCAUACCUACUAUUAUACGAAUCUUCAAGUUUUUAGUGGUCUUUUGAAUGCCAGAGAAUUUGGUAAACAGAAAGCCUUUCAGUUGAUUGCAAAUGGAUUUUUAAACGUGGAGACUUUCUUUUUCAUAAGUGCCGUCCUGGUUGCCUAUGGUGUUAUGAAGAUGAAAGAAAAACAAUUAAAUGUGUUCCUCUUUAUUUUCCGACGACUUUGGAGGCUUACACCUCCUUUUAUGUUUGUAAUUGCGACAGUCUACAUUUUGCCUCACUUUGGCUCUGGACCCGUCUGGAAGGAAACUGUAAUAGAUGGUUUAAGCAACAAAUGCACUGCCACCUGGUGGACAAACCUUUUGUACAUCAACAAUUUUAUACCAAGUUCUGAAAUGUGCUUGCAGUGGACGUGGUAUAUACCAGUGGAUACUCACAUGUAUUUUUUAAGCUUGUUUGUUCUUAUUCCCUUAAAAAGGAACCCCAAAUUAGCUUUUCUAAUGAAUGGUAUCAUCUUUAUUUCUGGCAUUGUGGUCUCGGCCAUUUCGAACGUAUACUAUAACCUUCAUCCUACAGCGAUAUAUGUCUAUAAUCAUCCAGAAGACAUAAACCAUUUUAUAGAAAGAGGUUACUUCAGGACGUAUUUGCACUUCUCGACAUAUUGCGUGGGGUUGACAGUGGGUUAUUUAUUGGCAACGAAGAAAAAACGUCACAUUCCUUUGUUAUUGAACUUAAGUGGUUGGUUGACUUCCUUUUUGUUGGGCCUGAGCGUGCUUUAUGGCGUCUACCAGUGGAAUCAAGGCGACGUUCCUGGUAUAGUGCUGUCAACAGUUUAUACAUGCACUAAUAAACUAGCCUGGUCUUUGGCUCUUGCAUGGGUCACUUUUUCAUGUAUUACUGGAAAUGGAGGCAUCAUUACAUCCAUUUUGAGCUGGCAAGCGUUCGUUCCAUUUAGUCGUUUGACAUAUAUGGCAUACCUCAUCCAUCCCAUCAUACAGUUCAUCUAUAUCGGCAGCACUCGGACAGUAAUUGAAACGACUCACAGAGCUUUCGUAUUCAUAUAUUUGAGCAACGUCGUCCUCGCUUUUAUGUGCGCUUACUUCUUCAGUUUACUGUUCGAAUCUCCUUUUAUGGCCCUGGAGAAAGUUCUACUUAGAACAGGAAGAAAUUUCACCAAGGAGCCGCCCUCAUCUGAUAAUAGAACUGACCAAGAAGUGAUGCAAGACAUUAAAGAAAUUUACAGCUCCAAUGUAAGCGAAGAUAAAAACACAGUCUACAGUAUCAAGAUCAAAUACUUAGAAACAAAUGAAACUUGAAUUUCGUGUGAUAUCUUGUUGAUACAAAAUGUUAAUAUUUUAGAAUCAAUUACAAUGUGAUUCGAUUCUGCCCAAAAAACUAAAAUAGAUUGCAUUAAAAUGUAUAUUAUAUAAUGUGACAGAAGACCAGAGAAAGAUCUCCAAGAAAUAUAACAGCAAAUGUAGGUUAAAUUCUGAUGAUAAAUUUGUGCAUCAGAGGUAAAUUAAGAAACAAUUUUAACAUUUUAUAGUACAACGAAAAGAAGUUGCAGAGCUUAAAGUAGUGUGUGCUAUAUUUUAUUAUUUAAGAGCAAUUAUUCUUUUAUUUAUUUUUCCUGACAUACAACCACAUAUUAUAUAUAUAGUAUUAGUAAACUGAUUUGAAAAAAAUGACUCAUUGUGGGUACGUCUUAAUUCCAACUGUAUCAUCUUUAAUCACAUAUUUUAUCUUUAUCUGUUAAUAUAUGCUGUUGCUGUCUGAUGUUUGUUCCUGAAUAUAUCCUAUAUAUUCACAAUGGAUAAAACAAUGUAUAACAUCUAUUUAAUUCAUUCUGCUUAAUUUUACUUUUAAGAUUCAAUUCUUUUGUUUGUUUUACCAAUGAAUAAUUUUUUUUAAAAAAAGGUUGACAAUAUAUUUAGGAAAAAUCAAAAUUUGUUUUUGAAAAUUUUCAAAUUUGUACUAGAAUAUGAAUUGAUUUAAUUUGUAUUAUACGAGGGAUAAUUCUAAGCUGUGGCGUAGAGAGAGUAAUCGGCACCAGGGGCAUGAUUUAAUCUUUUUACCGACCACCCCCUUCCCCCCAACUAGCCAUCCAUCUGCUAGCAAGUAUAAACAGGUUCCGGUCACGGAAUUAUUUUUUCAUAUUUCUUUUUAAAAAAUGACAUUGGAUUCUAUUUUGUAUCUUUAACAUCUCCAAAGACUGAUGCCAUAGACUGUCUUUUCUAUACCCCCUCUUCUUAUGCCAUAAAUUCCAAGUCCGAAAGAAUCAUAUUACACUUCGGGAUUCAACAAGAAGCCGACUUUCAUCUUCCAAUUUCCAGUUACUGUAACUCGCAUAAUUUUGCCACCGAUUUCACUAGAGCAACUAGCGCUGUCUGUUGCCUUUCUGAAAAGUAGUUCACCAAUAAUAUCGUCAAAGUUUUUCUCAUCGCCCUCGUAUUUUCCGAAUAUUGCCUCGAGAGCGAUUGUUCCAAAUAUUUUUGCUUCAGGGAAAUGAGCAUUUCAUAGUCUGUUUUUCAACCCUGUCAAAUGUUAAAGAUGUCUCAAACUUUGUCAUAUAUCACACGUACGUCAUAUAUCGAUUAGUAUCUAUAAGAUUUGUUUUGGAAGAUAUUUGAUAAAGAAAAAUGAUUCUAAA